AUGGAAACACUAAGAAUGCCUGACGACACACCUCCAUCUGGUGACAAAGACCGAUCACAGUCGCAAAGGGUGCGGCGCAGAAAUCGUAUGAUCACUUCAUGUUUGGAAUGUCGCCGUCGCAAAUUGAAGUGCGAUAAACUUCAUCCUUGCACCAAUUGCAGCAAGUUCUCGCGCGACUGUUUAUUCCUGGCUCCUGCUUUGGAUUCGGUGUCCCAGCAACGCCUCAAUGAGAUCAAAGAGAAGAUGGGCUCUCUUGAGAGGGUCCUCGAGCAGGAUGUUGCCCGCAGAGAGGGCAAAAGUACUCCAAGCUCCAGUGAAAACUCGCAGAGAAGAACCUCGGCCGAUCUUCCUGGGGGCGAAUACAGCAGUUCUGACAAUGAAGCUGCUGUUCCCGACGACAUAAAAGGCCUGGAGCCUACACCAAUGGCAGUGAUCGAUGGCGCUUAUGAAGAUGACACCAACGACGAUGUCUUGGACCUGGGUGUCAAAAUAGGCAAGAUGAGUAGGCUUACUGAACGGCUCGGGGGCUUUUUUAGACCCAGAAUAGGCGAAGAGGUUGCAAGCCAACUUGACGACCCAAAUGUCGACCAUCGAACGGCGGAUGAAAAAUUGUCAGCAGUACCUCAGCUUCCAGACCAUGGCUAUGAUUUCUUAGCGCCUGGACCAACCUACAUCGCCCCCGGUUCGGGUUUUCUCUUCGGCGAUGUCGGCAGUAAAAGAUCGCUCAUCAACUUCCUUCCGGCAAAGGGAGCUGGUGACCUUUUGAUACGGAAGUACUACGAAAAUGUUCAUUUCCCCGUUCGAGUGGUGCAUUGGCCGAGCUUUCAACUACACUACGAUAACUUUUGGACGGCAGUGCUUGCUGGGCUUGAACCUCCCGCAUGGCAGCAAUCACUUGUACUGGCAACACUGUUUUCAGCUGUAGCUAGCAUGGCGGAUGGAGACGUAGCAGCAAUAUUUGCACGGCCGAAAAGUACAGUCUUGGGCAACUUCCAAACAGGAACAGAAGUUGCGCUGAGUAAAGCCUCAUUCCUCAGGGCCACGAAACUCGAGACGCUUCAGGCACUUGUUAUAUACCUCAUUCCCAUGUGUCGAGAUCAGAUAUCUCGCGCACAUUCCGUUAUCGUCGGGAUGGCUAUUCGACUGGCCGAGUGCAUGGGCCUUCACCGCGACCCGGAAGACGUCUACGGCCUUAACCCAGUGGAGUGUCACGUCCGACGAAUUGUGUGGUUUCAGUUAUGCGCGCUGGACUUUAGAACCUGUGAAACACAAGGUCCUAGACCUGGUAUCAAGCGUGAGGACUACGACACCCGAUUCCCUAUGAACAUCAACGAUACCGAUCUCUUACUAGCCAACCCUCAGGAAGCCAAAGACCAAUGGACAGACAUGACACUAUCACGCAUUCGGUUCGAGUGUCUGGAAAUGCAACGCAUCAUCUGGUUCGAUCGGAUCCGAUUAGAAAAGAAGAAGAUAUCCUUGACUCACCUCCUUGGGAAAGUCGAAUCGUUCCGCCGAGCGAUGGAGUCCAAGUAUAACAAGACCUUCGAUCUUGAAGUGCCCAUCCAAAAUUAUGCACACCUUCUCAUGACUCUGCUGAUUCAGCGAAUGUAUGUCAUGAUUCUUCACCGGUAUCUGAACAAUGCCAACAAUGUGGUCCCUGAGCGACUUGGCCAGCUUACAGUGCAGAGUGCGCUCAAGGCCUGUGAGAGUGCCAUCGCAAUGGAACGUCUGCCGUUGCUUGAGAAGUGGAAAUGGUUUGGGGGUGCGCACCAGCAAUGGCACAUGGCUUUCCUCUUGCUAACCAUCAUCUAUAAUGAGCCGCACAUGAGAGAUGCAGACCGCGUCUGGGAUGUCCUUGAUUAUGUCUUCGAGCCCGAUCCAACCUUGUCUCGAACGCAAAGAGCUCGAACUAUUAUCGCGGCCCUCCGAGACCGAACUAACGUAUACCGGGAACUUCGACGAAUACGGAUUCCCAUCAGUAUGGCAAACCGGCCAGCCAGCUUAUCUACCGCGAGAAUUAUCAGUCCAAACACGGUGGGAGCCAACAGUGGUCUCCAAAGCAUAUCCAGGCCGUCCGACGCUGGGCCACCGACUUCGAAUCUGGAAUUACCGCCAGACAUCAAGUAUUCCACGGACACGACCUGGAGCUUUGACUCGCCAGCGACACUAUAUAUGAGGAAGUUGAAUUCUGCCCCAGUACGUGGACAACAAAGCGACAUUGCUACCAAGAGUGUGAGCCCACAGCCGGCUCAACAGGUACCUACCCAGCAGCAAAAAGCGUCGCCUCAGCCACAGCAGCAACAGCAACAGCAACAGCAACAGCACCGACCGUCGUGGUCGGAGCCAUAUCAGACCUCGCCUGGUCAACAAGGCGACUUCAACAGUCCAAGUGACUCUGGUACGAACGAGUCAUGGCCACCCCUAAUUGCCCCUGAUCAGUUGGGCUGGCGGACAGUGUUGAACACAUCAAGUGCGCCAUCAAUGCCUGUCGUUUCAAUGCCCUCCAUACCAGCGAUAGGAACGACAUCCAUACCCAACGACGCCGGGGAUAAUCCAUAUGGCAUCGGCUCAGGUUUUCCGAACGACCAAGUGAACAUCCCGCAAUUCCAACCCAGCAACCCUCGAGGCGACUCUGUCAUGUUGGAUAUCAACUGGGCGGAAUGGGAUCAGUUGUUCCCUCCUGACGCGACGCCAGGUGUUUUUGCAGGCGGGAACGGAUUCGGUGUUGACAUGGGCCAGAGGAUGUAG